CAGGAUAACUUAGCUUAUUAAGAGUUUAAAAUCUUGACCAGCCUUGAUAACAAUAACAUUUACAAGAAGCUAGCUGUGAACUAUGCAAUACAAUUAAUCGUUUUUUUCAAUAAAAGCUGCACCCUCAACAUGUCUAACUAGCCCAAAUCAUAGCCACGUUAAUAACCUUUGUGACAAACCAAACUGUUUGUAAAUCCAUCAAGWUUUCAGCGAGUAAAGCGUAUAUUUGUUUGUGUAAAUCACUCACCUCAAUACUGUUCCCACAGCUACAGCCAGUGUUGCUAGCUGUACCAAGAUGGCCGCCAUGUGACGACGCCGGAGAUCAAUGCUUUUGUUUUGAAAUGGCGUAGACGGAUGUGCUUUAACUUUGGUUUGGUUGGAAAUUAGCCUGACUGUAGCUUGUGGGGACGUGAAGCCGCCUCCCCUGACACACUCCAACACUUCCACACUCGUCCAACAGCGGCCUGUCUCCGGMGUUUCUGUUGGGAUUUUGUCUCUUUUUAUCGGUUUAAACAGGCUGACGGAGCGCCGGAGAGAACCGGAUCGAGUCAUUGCUACUGCCUUGGAGAGCUGCUGAGGUUUGUCACACAGUUGGUGGGUUCGAUCCAGAGGACGUGGUUCACUCGGUGACCGUGAGCAUCUUCCUCCUCGGUGCGGGUCUCUCCAGCAGCAGUCAUGGCAGGAGCAGGACGGCCGGCUUUCCGGCUGCUGGUCCUGUUGUGUUUGGGCUUCCACCGCUGCGGCUCCUUCAACCUGGAUGUGGACAAACCCUUCGUCUACUCCGGACCCGAGCGGAGCUACUUCGGCUUCUCAGUGGACUUCUUCAAAUCCUCCAACAACCUAAACUCAGACAUUCUGAUCGGUGCGCCUCGAGCCAACACGUCAUCCUCCAGCGGUGUGGUGGAGAGAGGAGCUGUGUUCAGCUGCCCCUGGAGUAGCUCCUCAAGCUGCCAGCAGCUGCUGUUUGACGACUCAGGUGAUCGGACAAAAAAUGGGGCUCAGAUGGAGUUUAAGUCUAAACAGUGGUUUGGUGCCUCGGUGCGGUCCAAUGGGGAACACAUCCUGGCCUGUGCUCCGUUGUACCAGUGGGCGACCUUCGGCAUGUCUGAACGUGAGCCGGUGGGAACAUGUUACCUGAAGAAAGGAACUACAGUGGUGGAGUACUCACCCUGCAGAUCAAAUGCCAACUCCCCAGAAGGGCAGGGGUUCUGCCAGGCCGGCUUCAGUGUGGACUUUCUAAAGAAGAACAAUAGAGUGGUGGUGGGAGGGCCUGGCAGCUUCUACUGGCAGGGCCAGCUGAUUUCUGAUGACGUCGCUGAGAUUUUCGCUCGUCCCAGUACAGAUUUCAUUGUGCAGUUACAAAACACGUUCUCAACCAAAUCAGCCAGUGCCCAGUAUGAUGACAGUUACCUCGGAUACUCUGUGACAAUUGGAGACUUUAACAGUGAUGGAAAGGAAGAUUAUGUGACAGGAGUGCCCCGAGGUGAAAAGGCACUAGGUUAUGUGAACAUCUUUAAUGGCCAAAACAUGGCAUCCAUGAUCAACUUCACCGGCUCUCAGAUGGCUGCCUACUUUGGACAUUCAGUUGCUGCCUCUGAUGUUAAUAAUGAUGGUUUGAUGGAUCUGUUGGUCGGAGCUCCUCUCUUUAUGGACCGAGGCUCAGAUGGGAAACUGAGGGAGGUGGGACAGGUAUCCGUGUACCUCAGUCGAGGAGGAUUUACCUUUCAGCUGCCUCAGACACUGACCGGGUCAGAGGUUUAUGCCAGAUACGGUUCUGGUAUCGCUGCACUGGGGGAUCUGAACAAGGACGGAUACAAUGGCUCACAUCCUUUUGGACUGUGGAGACGACAACAUCUGUAAACCUGACCUCAGGUUGUCUGUGAAGAGCGACCGCGACAAGCUGUACAUCGGAGAUGACAACGCUCUCACCUUGGAGGUCAGUGCUGAGAAUCGGGGCGAGGGAGCCUACGAGGCCGAGCUCCACGUCUUCCCUCCGCAGCAGGCCGAUUUCACCGGUGUUGUGCGCAGUCAGACCCUCUCCAGGCUCUCCUGUGCUUACAAAAUGGAGAACCAGACCAAGAUGGUGGUGUGUGACCUGGGGAACCCCAUGAAGGGAGGAACUAAGAUCCUGGCUGAGUUGAGGUUCAGCGUGCACCAGCUGUCAGAAAGCGACACAUCGGUCAGAUUUGACCUGCAGAUAGUCAGCUCUAACCAGUUUGAUAACACCAGUCCUCGAGUGUCCAGCGUCACAGACCUGGACGUCCUGGCCAAAGUCUCCAUCAGAGGAUCCUCGUCUCCCAGUCAGGUGCUGCUUCCCAUCGCUAACUGGAAACCCAGAGAGCCUGCGGUGACUGGAGAUGACAUCGGGCCUCAGAUUGUACAUGUCUACGAGCUCCUGAACAACGGGCCCAGUACGUUCAGCAAAGCAUCGUUAAAGGUCAGUUGGCCGUACCGCUUCAAGAAUGGCUCUCUGCUCUACAUCACCAGCUUCGAUACUGAAGGACCCAUCAACUGCACCACCGACAUGGAGAUCAAUCCCCUCAACGUCUCCAACCCGGUGACAUCACAGAACACCAGCAUCGUUCCAAACAAAGAUCGAGAAACAGAAGGGCGGAGUCAAAACCACGUUCGCAAGAGAGACUUGGAGUCCAGAGAUGCACAGAGUGACCUGCAGACACUGGACUGCACCACAGCUGACUGUCUGCAGCUGAAAUGUCAAGUUGGUCGUCUGGAGAGAACAAAGAACGCCAUCCUCUUCAUUUACUCCAGACUGGAUGUAAAUAACUUUCUCAGGACUGAGAAUCAGAAUCAGUCAUAUGUGGUUCGCUCUAAAGCUUCAUUUGAAGUCAUCGAGAUGCCAUAUAAGAAACAGCCUUUGGACAUGCCUUCAAACACUACCACCGUGAGUUUGACGGUGAUGUGGGUGGCUGACACUCCUCAGCCAGUACCUGGUUGGGUCGUGGCUCUGGCUGUUCUGGCUGGACUGCUGCUGCUGGCGCUGCUCAUCUUCAUCAUGUACAAGCUGGGUUUCUUUAAGAGAGUGCGUCCCCCGCAGGAGGACUGCACAGAGAAGGAGCAGCUGCAGCCCGAGGAGAACGGCAACACAGACGCCUAGAGGCCCGACCCAAACGAGCCGAGAAGAAAGCUCAGCCUCAGAGAGAGUCCACUGCUGGGUGGGAGAUAAUGGUACUGAGUUAACUUUUCAUCUUGUUUGUGCCAAAAGAGAAGCUGAAAAAAAAGAUGUUCAUUGAUUAAAUCACAAACUCUACAACAAUUAUUAUUAUUUAAAACUUGAAGUAAGCGUUUGUAUUUUUGGGAAAUCAGCUGGAUCAUCAUGUGCCCAUCCCACUGAAAGCACUUGGUGUUUAUUUUACUUUAAGAUUAGCAGCUGGUUAGUAUUAGCUAAGCAUGGCAACAGGAUAGGUUAACAUUUAAAAAGGUAAAAGUUUAUGUAAGUUUAUGUAAUUUAGUGUUUGACUUGGUUCAGUCAAGUCAGUCAAUCAUUUCAAGAGUUUCUACUUUAAACUGUUGAUAUCAGGAUGGUUUCUCUGUAUUUUUUGUAAGAAUUAAACAUAAUUCUCUUACGAGUGAAAUGAAAGAAUAUUAAAGAGCAGAAAAGUGGAACAGUUGAGGCAGUGAAAGCAGAGGAUUGUGGGUAGUGAUGACCAGCCUGACCACCGGAGUGAUUCUGAUCAUGUUUGAUGAAAAAACAGCAAUAUGAACUCAGAUUUUUAAAAUUGGCCAUUAUUUUUGGAUAAACAUGGAUCAGUUGUUCGGAUGCGAACAGAUCAGAACACGACUCUAGUUUUUUUUUUAUUCACGUUACUAAACUUUUCUUUUUUUCUGUGUGGAAACUCAUGUAGGAGUUCUGCUUUGGGGUGUUGGUGAGAUGUUUGCUCUUUGUGUGUUUUAAUGUAUUUGAACAAAACAAAGAUGAUAUUAAUAAUCGAAACUGUUUUUUACCAACUCGGUCAAGAAAGUAUUUUUCUAAUUUGCAUUAAAAACUAAUGCAGGUAAUAAACUCUUAAGUGUGACUUAUAAAUCUGAUCAUUUGUUAAACCCCACACCUGAAAAAGACUGUUAUUGUUGUUGUUGUUGUUGACACACUGUCCUCUGAAGGUUAACUAUCGACAGAACAAACAGAAAAUGAUUUCAGGCCAAAGGAAUGUAAACUGUAGUAAAAAGUCCAAACUGUAGCAAUCUUAUAAUAACUUCUUUCACUGAAAGAACAGAAGCAGCUUGUGAACAUGCUAGUCAUGCAAAAGAUAAAAAAGUAAAUUGCCCAAUUUUGAAAUUAAAGUCAUUGUAGUUAAAAGUUGAAACAUCACAUUUAUUGUUGAUGUGUUGACAUAAAGUCAAAAUGAGAAGAAUAAAGUUAUUGAUUUGAAAAUAAAAAGGGAGUCAAAAACCACACAGCACUGGUGGUGUGUAAUAACCAUGCGUGUAGAGCUGUAAACAAACUGUUACUAACUUUUAAUUAUUCAUAAUGCAUUGUUGUUAAAGCUGAAGUUUUACCAGAAAAUAAUAAAAAAAAGGGUAAUCUGGUAGUUUUGUAAACUUAGAUGAGAAACAUGAAGUCAAUAAGGUGUGUCUGUUUAGUUAUUAUGUAGUUAUUUAGUACUUUAAUCCCAUAAUCCUCUACUCCAAUAAUAAUAAAACCUGAACAGUCAGGUUUAGGAUCAUAUCAGGAAUCACUUCCACUGUCUUUGUCUUAAUGUAUGAUUCAAUAAAUUGUGGAUUUGGAAACAUUCCCCACAGUAUGAAGCUGUUUGCUGUCUGAUGAGCCGAUGAACCCAAACGUUACAUAAUUUAAGGAUGAACUGUUUUUCUUCCACAUUUCAGUCUAAAAUUGUAAAAAAUUUCAAACUCCUCAUAAAACCUUAAUUCAUCACAUUGACAAAAGACCCUCAGAAAAGCUCACCAUUGUCAGCAGCUGGAGCAGCCAUAGCAAAAGUAAAUAAGUGGGCGGGGCUUAACUAAUGGUCAUUUAUUACUUUCCUGCAUUUUCCAGCACUGAGGCCAUUUGUUUUGCCUUUUUAUUAAUGUUUUUCUUUUCUUCUUUUUAUAUUAUUUUUUUCUAUGUCAGAUUGGUGACAGGCAGUUUUACUAAAAACAAAAACCUAGUUUUUAUGUGGAAAUUGUCUGAGUCAUGUGUGAAUGGCAGUAUGUUGAAACAGAAAAAGAAACAUUUACUAUUUGCCCAUAUUGGGUUUGCAUGAUGAAUUAAUGUAAACAGAAACAGUAACUAGUAACGGGACUUCAUUAGAUUUAGUCCUCAACUAUCAGAAGUGGAGACGUUCUAGUUUUACUGAUGACAUCAUGAAGAGCAGGAAGUUUAUAUUUAGUUGUUUUCACACUGAAUCUGGUUACUGAUGGAGAAAUCAUGUCAUUACACAGAUAAGAAAAGAUGGAAAAGGUUUUUGACACAUUCUCAUGUGUGUAAACUGAAUAUAUUUUUAGAUGGUUUGUUUUUCCUUAUAACUUUAGGGUGUUAUCUCACCACCACUUCACAAUAUGUCGACUCUUAAAGGAUAUAAAUAACUGUUUACUGCUGUCUUCACUCUUAAUUUAAAUGUUGCUAAAUGUCUGUACAAAACAAUAUGUUCCACAUUAACUCUGUUAAAAUGAAACCACCAGAUUUCUGCAUGUUGUCUUUUCUAAAACUUGUUUUGAGUUUAAAAUGGACUCACUUCUUUGUGACAGUGACUUCACUGCACUGUUAGGGGUUAUUUUGGGGGAUUUCUCUGCAUAAAUACAGUAGACAUGUUGAACAUUUUUCUUGUCUGUUUGAAUUUAAGUCCUGCAGAUGUGAUWAUGGAGGGAAAAUUUAUCUGACCCCCUGCUGAUUUUAUAAUUAAAAUAAAUCUUUGAUCCACAAGUAAAACAUGAUUUGUUCCUAAAAAGUUUUUAAUAAUAGUUUAGAAUUAGAUAAUUUAGAUUUAAUAUAUAGAGACUGGUCUUUUCUUUAUGAACAAACUUUAUAAAUCAUCAGGUGAUCAGAUUAUUGUUUCCCUUCUCUGUGUGUUUGUUGGUUCAGGGUUUGUUUUAUAUUUAAACCACUUUGUUUUUCCUCUGAGUAAUUAUGGACAACUCUGAGUAAAUAUGGACUAUUUUUGAUGUAUGUAUUAUUACACCUGGGGAGUAAAUAUUAACAUUUUCAUAAAGAAAUGAUUUCACUUUUGGAAUGAAAUAAACUGAUUUGUUCACA